AUGAAGAAGCUAUAUCAUCAUUUAUCUUUCAUUUUCAUGAAUGUUCCCAACCUCAACAAACACCCAAACUAUAUCAUACAUGGUUUCCCAUUUCUCAAUAAUAUCAGGAUCAGGUUAACCUCCACUGUCACUCUUAGCUUGGAAAUGAAGCGCUGCAAUUUCUUCAUCUCAAAGCUAUGUAAGGAAGGAAAGAUCAUCGAAGCACGCAAGGUGUUUGAUGAAAUGUCUGAAAGGGAUGUUUGUUUGUGGACUACAAUGAUAAGCGGAUAUAUCAAAGGUGGCAUGAUUAAGGAAGCUAGGAAGCUGUUUGAUAGAUCGGAUGCGGAGAAGAGUGUGAUUGUUUGGACUGCUAUGGUUAGUGGGUAUGUUAAGAUGAAUCAAAUUGAGGAAGCUGAGAGGUUGUUUUAUGAGAUGCCGAUUAAGAAUGUUGUGUCUUGGAAUACAAUGAUUGAUGGGUAUGCGCGGAAUGGUCGGACUGAACAGGCUUUGGAUUUGUUUAGAAGAAUGCCGGAGAGGAAUGUGGUUUCUUGGAAUACGAUAAUGACGGCCUUGGCGCAUUCGGGGAGGAUUGAUGAUGCGCAAAGGCUUUUUGAUAAGAUGCGGGAAAGGGAUGUGGUUUCGUGGACUACUAUGGUUGCGGGCUUGUCGAAGAAUGGGAGAAUUGAUGAUGCUCGGGAACUUUUUGAUAGAAUGCCGGUUCGUAAUGUGGUUUCUUGGAAUGCAAUGAUUGCGGGUUAUGCGCAGAAUGGGAGGUUGGAUGAGGCUUUAAAGUUGUUUGAGAGGAUGCCUCAGAGGGAUAUGCCUUCGUGGAAUACAAUGGUUACGGGUUUCAUUCAAAAUGGGGACUUGACUAGGGCAGAGAAGUUAUUUGAUGCAAUGCCACAAAAGAAUAUCAUUACUUGGACUGCUAUGAUGACAGGUUACGUACAACAUGGUCUGAGUGAAGAAGCAUUGAAAACAUUUAACAAAAUGCAAGCUAAUGAUGGAUUAAAACCAGCCACCGGAACUUUUGUGACUGUUUUAGGUGCUUGUAGUGACUUGGCAGGUCUUAUCGAAGGACAACAAAUCCAUCAAAUGAUUAGUAAAACAGUUUUUCAGGAGAGCACACAAGUGGUAUCAGCGCUGAUAAAUAUGUACUCAAAAUGUGGGAAGUUGCAUGUUGCUAGGAAGAUGUUUGACGAUGGAUUAUCCGGGCACAUGGAUUUGAUAUCUUGGAAUGGUAUGAUUGCCGCCUAUGCACACCAUGGAUAUGGAAAUGAAGCAAUAAAUCUAUUCAAUAAAAUGCAAGAAUUGGGUUUCCAAGCCAAUGAUGUCACCUUUGUUGGACUUCUCACAGCUUGUAGUCAUGCUGGUUUAGUUGACGAGGGACUUAAAUACUUUGAUGAGCUUUUCAAAAACCGAUAUAUACAAGUAAGAGAAGAUCACUAUACUUGUCUAAUUGAUCUUUGUGGUCGUGCGGGAAGGCUGAAAGAAGCUUUCAAUAUCAUUGAAGGACUUGGGAAAGAGGCAUCAUUAUCUGUUUGGGGUGCACUCCUAGCUGGAUGUAACAUGCAUGGGAACACUGAUAUUGGGAAACUCGUAGCUGAUAAAGUUUUGAAAAUCGAACCAGAAAAUGCAGGCACCUAUUCAUUACUCUCAAAUAUGUAUGCUUCUGUAGGGAAGUGGAAAGAAGCUGCCAAUGUUAGAAUGAAGAUGAAAGACAAAGGGUUAAAGAAGCAGCCAGGUUGUAGUUGGAUUGAAGUUGGAAAUACAGUGCAAGUAUUUGUAGUUGGUGAUAAAUCACAUUCUCAAUCUGAGGAUCUAGGAUAUUUACUUCUUGACUUACAUACAAAAAUGAAGAAGGCCGAGGACAUGCCAGAUGAUGAUUUGUUGGUUGAUGUGGAAAUUUAA